ACACACAUAUACAAAUACACGCACACAUACGUACACACGUAUAUAUAAACAUCACAAUAAAUACAAACAAUUUGUCGUACUCGUAUUAUCGUCUCAUAGACUUCGUGAAUACAAAAACUCUGAAAUAAAAUAAAACGACAAAGAAAAAGUGUCUCGGAACUUAUAGAAACAAAAAGUCGAGGGUUUCGAACCGACGCUUGUUAAUAAUAUAAAAAUUACGCGUUAAUACAUACGUGUAUGUAAUUUUUACGCGUUCAAGAUAGACAUAUGAUAAUUUUUGGUAAAUAAAUGUGCGAGUGAAAUAUAACGUGAAUGACGAGCUGCGCUAUGGAGUACCAACAAUUGGCACCACCACCGGUACCAACAGGGGUGCUACAUCAGACGCACCAUCCUCAGGCGCAACAUCAACCACCACCUCAUCCACCCCAUCCGCAUAUUGUUGUUGCUCCUGCGCAUCAACAACAACAGCAACAACAACAGCAACAACAGCAGGGACAAAAUCAGCAACAGCAACAAUCCUUACCACCAACUACUCAUGGUCAUCAGGUUCAUGGACCCUUACCACCGAUUCACGACGACAGUACCAGCUCUCGUUGGACACAGUAUCAACAUUUAUGGCGACAGCAUCAUGUCUAUAUGAACGGGAAGCAAGGGAAAGAUGGACCGGAAGAAAAGAAGGAUGCCGACGGAGAGCUUUGGGGCAACGUGGAAGCGCAGGCCGCCUUCCUCGGGCCCAAUUUAUGGGACAAAACUUUGCCCUACGAUGCCGACCUGAAGGUAUUGAACCAUGUAUGUACAAAGACACGCGAUACGUACGUGGACCUGGACGAGUUCCUCUCCGAAAAUGGCAUCCCUGUUGAUGGAGUAGCCGGUGGUGGGCAAGGAACGAUGCAGAGCGCACAGUUACACAAGAUCAACAGCACCGAAGCGGCGAGUCAUCAGGGACCAGCCGGUCUUCACCUCGAACCGGUCACCAAACGCGAAAGGUCACCCUCGCCGAGCGAAUGUUGCUCACCUGACACCUUAAACCCACCUUCACCAGCGGACUCUAAUUCGGAGGACUCGUCACGAAUACAAUAUGGCUUCUCUCUUGUAGCGCUCUCGAUGGCCUCAUCGGGCCGAGAUUUCGAUCCACGAACUCGGGCCUUUUCCGACGAGGAAUUAAAGCCACAGCCAAUGAUCAAGAAGUCACGGAAACAGUUCGUUCCGGAUGACUUGAAGGAUGACAAAUACUGGGCGCGUCGUAGGAAGAACAACAUGGCGGCGAAACGAUCACGAGACGCACGACGCAUGAAGGAGAACCAGAUAGCUCUCAGGGCCGGCUUCCUCGAGAAAGAGAAUAUGGGUCUACGACAGGAAUUGGAUCGAUUAAAGAACGAAAAUAUGUUGCUGCGUGACAAGCUGAGCAAGUAUACGGACGUCUAACAGCCCUUUUAAAAGCACCAGCAGCAACAACAGCGGCAGGAGCAGAAGCAAAAGAAAAAGAGCAGCAAGACCAGCAGCGGCAGCGAUAGCAGCAGCAGCAGCAGCAGCAGCAGCAGCAGCAGCAGCAAAAGAGCAGCAGCGGCAGCAACUGCAGCAAAUGCAACAACUGCAGCAACUGCAGCAAUUGCAGACGACGACGACGACGACGAUAAGACGGACGGAGAUACAGACACGAGAGAAUUGAGCAGUGUGUGUCAUGUACCGGCUCCUCCCUCACUUUAUAGUCGCAAAACUUAGAUUUCGCCUCCUCCAAUAGAAGAGAAGAGAUGAAAAAAAAAAAAAGAAAAAAAAAAAAGAAGAAAAGAAGAAAGAAAGAAAUGAUGGAAAAUAGAAAGGAAGGAAAAAAGAAAGGAGGGAAAGAAGGAAAGGAAGGAAGGAAGGAGUAUGCCGAAGAAUAUCAGAGGAACCUUCGAAAAAAAAGAAACAAACAAAAAAAAAGAAGAGAAAGAAAUCUAUAUGACUUGUCCCUUUUUACAAUUUCUACCCUCCCCCUUCUCCCUUCUCCAACCGCCUUAAUCGCGCCAUCUUUUUUGUUCUCUUCCCUCCCUCGAAUUUUCCUUCCACGAGCAUCUCCCUCACUUGUACAUAAUUAUAUCUAUAGUUAGAUUACGUAUAUAUAUAUAUAUAUAUAUAUAGAUAUAUAUAUACAUAUAUAUAUAUUUAUGUAUGUAAUUAUAUAUAUAUAUAAAUAUAUAUAUAGAAAAUGAGAGAAAAAAGCAAUGAUAUCGAUAUAUCAUAUAUUAUUAUAUUAUGAACAAUACGAACAUAGAAAUAUACAUCUGGUCAUCAGUCCUACCCCUUACCAACCCUUCUUUGCUGCCAAUUUCUCAACCCCCUCCCCUCUCCCCUUUUCAUCCCAUCUUACUUUACCUAACCAUAAGCGAAUAAAUAAUGUUAUUAGUAAUCCUUAUGUUUUUAAUGAUUUAAAAAACAAUUGAUUUGAGAAAUCAAAUUUAAAUAAUUAGAACUCUUCUUUUGGUGAUACCGAAGACGAUGAUAAUAAACGAACGAAGAGGAACACGGAUAAAUUUAAUCAGAUGCGUAGAGAUCAAUAACACGUGUUUGUGUUUUAUGAGAAUUUAGAUUGUAUUAAUCCUGAUAAUUGUGUGACGAGCAUGAUGUUUCUUCUUCUUCUUCUUCUUCUUCUUCUUCUUCUUCUUCUUCUUCUUCUUCUUCUUCUUCUUCGUGAUUCUACUGUCCCUUUUUCUCACCUUCCUCUUUCCCCUCCUCUUUCUCCACUUCCUCUUUCUCCUUCUCUUCUUCAUCUUCUUCUUCUUCUUUUUGUUCUAUUCCUCCUCUUCCGUGUUACCAUUACGUUAAUUAUCUACGUUGUUGUAGUUUAUUGAACUAUAAAAAGAAAAAAAGAAAACAAAAUAAAAAAAAAAAAGCUUUUCGCGCCGUACUCUCUCCUUUCCAUCGAGAAAUAAGUGUGUGUAUCGCGUUGAAUUUUUGUACAUACAUACAUACAUACAUACAUUCAUAUAUACAUACAUACAUACAUACAUAAAUACGAGUACAUACAUACAUACAUACAUAUAUACAGACGUACAUACAUAGAUAAUAUACAGGAUAGGGGGGAGGGGCCAAAAGUUCCUAUAAAGUGAUUUUGAAAAUCGAUUACUCUUUUUCGAAACUAUUUAGACUGAUUCCUUUUUUAUUUCUUUUUUUUUUUUUUUUCUUCGUCAGAUUGUAAAACUACGAGUGUUUAGGAACUUUUGGUCCACCUAAAAACUUUCGGCUCAAUGUAUACAUGUAUGUGUCUGUGUGUGUGCGCGCGCGCAAGCGUGUGUGUGUUGUUUGUUUGUAUGGGUGUAUGUGUGUAUGUGUGUGACGAAGAACGGUCAGCCUGUAUCGGUCGGCCAUAUUUCAUACUUUGUUAGAAAAUUAAACAUGAAAAGAAAAAAAUGUGGAAUAAAAGGGAGAAAAAAAUCGAACGAACGAAUUAUUCUCGCCACGAAAAAAAAAAAGACAAAAAACAAAGCAAAACAAUACAAAAGAAAUAAAAAUUAAAUGAGAUUCCUCAUAUAUAUAUAUAUAUAUAUAUACAUAUAUAUAUAUAAAUAAAAUAAUUAAUUAAUCCUGGCGAUACUCUAUAUAUGUACGCGUUCGAUCAAUUGUAAAUAAAGCGAAACACAUCUCUCUCUUUGAAUAGAAAAAAGGAAAACAAAACGAAAUUCUUUUAUAAAAAAAACAAACAAACAAAUCAACCAAUUUUUUCUAUAAACGAUCGAUACUCGAUUAUCAAGAGUGAAAAAGAGAGAGAGAGAAAGAGAGAGGAUCAAGUGUGGUCGGAUCGAAAUGAUCUAGCUAGAGCGUUCUAGUCGAAGCUGAUUAUUAUAAGAAUGGAAAUAUAUUAUCGAAUAAUAUGGAGAUAUAUAUAUAUAUACAUAUAUAUAUAUAUAUAUAUAUAUAUAUAUUGGAGAAGAAGAACGAGAUAAAAAAGAAGGAGGGAGGAGAAAGAUGAUUGAAUACGGGAGAACGUCAAUGAACGAACGAAUUUAUGAAUGAAGGAAUAAACGAAUGAAUGAAUGAAUGAAUAAAUGAAUGAAUGAAUGAAUGAAUGAAUGAAUCAGUGAAUGUGUAAAAUGGAUGAAAACGGGAAGAAUAAUGACGAUUAUGAUAAUUAUGAUGAUUACGAUGAUGAUGAUGAUGAUGAUGAUGAUGAUUAUGAAAAAAUAAAAAAAAUAAAAAAAUAAAAAGAAAACAGAAAAUAAAUAAACAAAUAAAUAAUAUAAGAAAAAUGAGAGAUACGCUAUGAAUAUGUUUCUUCAGACGUACGUAUGUACAUGUACGUAUUAAUAUAUAGAGGGAGAGAAGGGUGUAUAAGGAUAUGACAAAUAGAAAGAUAAUUAAUAUGGGACAAAGA